AUGCUUUUCCAAUCACUAUUCCCGCUUAUAGCGCUCUAUGCCGCUUGGACCAAUGCAUCGGCAUUCACAUUCAUCCUAGGAGCACAGGAAAAAUCGUGCUUCUACGUCUUUACCGAGCGGCCAAACACCCAGAUUCGAUACUACUUUGCCGUGCAAAGCGGCGGUUCGUUCGAUGUCGAUUACGUUAUAACUGACCCUAAUCUGAAUAUAAUCUACCAAGAACACAAGAAGCGCCAAGGCGACUUUGUAUUCCCGGCGACUACUGUGGGUGAGUACGAAUUUUGCUUUUCCAACGGCAUGUCGACGUAUCUGGAAAAAGUUGUUGAUUUUGAAAUUGAGUUGGAAGACGAGGACAGCAAAAGCGUCAAGGCUUCGUUGCCUGAUCUGCCAAACGCAAAGCCAUUGGCUCAUGUUGAAAACAUGAAGCGUACCGUUGACAAAAUCGAAUCCCAAUUGGAGGGCUUGAGCAAGACUUUGCAAUAUUACAAGACUAGGAACAACAGGAAUCAAGCUACGGUUAGAUCUACUGAGCUGAGAAUCUACUACUUUUCGAUUUUCGAAGUUUUGUUGAUGGUGGGCAUGGCGUUUUUGCAAAUCACAAUCGUGCAGUUGUUUUUCAAAGGUUCAAGAAAACAAUUGGUUUGA